AUAGAGUGGCAUCUGAAAAUAGUUGAUGUCCCGAGUGACGGAAUUUCCCAUAGAACGAAACGUGCAAUUGACAAACUUUCAGCAUUUACACCACAAGUAUAAUAUUAUGAAAUGUUUAAAAUCAAAAUAUGAAGGAUUUAAAACGCCUACCAACGAACAACUGAUGACCUACUUAAACAAGCAAAAUCAACUUAAAAUAGUAAGUGAGUAUCGAGCAGCGAAUGAAAAACCAGUCAUUAGCUUAGCAGCACUAGGAAAGUGGUUAGGAGAACACUCCAAAAUUCCUGAUGAUGAACACGAGGUUUACGUGAUUAUGUAUAAUUUGAACUGGGGCACAUCCCCAAAUUUCUGUUUUGCGAUUACUACAAAACAUUUGCUAAAAUUUUGUAUAGAUGCACAAAAUAUUGUCGCAGACACAAAAAACCAAUUAACAUGGCAGGGCCAUUCUAUCGUUACUGUGGGAACUAUUACUAAAAACAACAUAUUUAUCCCUAUUAGUAUGGCAGUUUCUACUGAAAAUAAAUGGCACUUUUUCAAAAUGUUAUUUGAAAAUUUAAAACAAAGUGUGUCUUCUGUACAUUCGAAAUCUAUGAAUCCAUGUGUUUUAGUGGGCGAUGGUUCUAAAAACAUGCAAGCUGCAUUUAAACAAGUAUUAGGUACAGAAUCAGUAGUAAGAGUAUGUUGGACGGUCGUUAAAAAUGAAAUAGAGAAGAAAAUUCUGGAACUUGUAGAUGAAAACUAUAGGAAGCCCCUCUUACAAGAUGUAUGCGUGUUGCGAGAUGCGCAUUCAUUAGAGCUGCUCAAUAAGGGUCUUGAAGCAUUUUUCGUGAGAUAUGUUACUCAAAAACAGUUUUUAAUUUAUUUCAAACAACAUUGGGUGGAAAAGAAUAAGAAUUGGUAUUUUGGUGCUACAGGGAUGGCCGUAGCUAAAGAAACUAAUGAAACUCUUUAUGCAUUCACAAAAAGCAUAAAAGACAGCAAUACGUUCUCUGAUAGACUUCUAUUAAAUGAAUUUCUUGCAGCAGCAUCAUGCACGGUCUUUAAGUGGUCGAGAUACAACACUUUGGCGUCUCUGUCGAAAUUCCCAAAUCGUAUAUUAACUGUUGAAGAUUGGAAAGAGGCGUAUACAGUUUAUAAGACCGUUCCAUGUAGUCCAUUUUCUGGAGAAAACAAUACAGACACAUAUUUCACCCCCACGGAAGUAGGAAAUACAUUACAUUAAGGUGACCUGUUCGAAAAAUACAAGAAAGAGCUAAACCCGAGUAACAGGUUAAUAUUAACCUGCAUGCCGAAAUACGCAGAGAAGUGGAUGGAGUCCUCAUGUGCUUGCAUAGAUUACAACAGGAACAUGAUGUGUAAACAUAUAAUUGCCCUAGCUUUGCGGCUCAAGAUUAUACAAAUGCCUCUGGACAUCAAAAUUAUCAUUAAAUCCUUCAAGGCCCGCGAAUCUAGACACAAUUGACAAUCAAUUGUUAUGACAUUAAUUAAUGCCGUCUCGGACUCAAGCGGUUAAAGGUGAAAAAAUUGUUCGACCACAGAUCUUUCCUUAAGACUGUUACCUACUUACUUUAAAAUUAUGUCUAGGUUCCUGUUAUUUAUGUACCUAAUGAUUGUAAUGUACCUACCUUUAUCAUGCCUUAAUUAUUUAUGUGUGUUCUGUUCUGCCCACAGACUGAUUCUGUCAUACUUAUGUAAUAUUAAUUGUUAUCCUUUCAUUUAAUUUUUGUCCUUGUAUUUAGGUAACUAGUUAUUUUCUAAGAUUAAGUUUUAAAUUAUUUUGUAAUAAAAUAAGAAGCUGAAUAAUAUUGUAUUGUACCUAUUUGAUUCUAUGUACCUUACGUCUUGCUAUUAAUCAAAUAAAAUUGUAACUACGUAA